GUUAAAUCGGUUUGUGUCAUUUACGAUUACGUAAGUUUAACAUGGUAUCAGAGCUUUCGUCAAUGGAUUCGGAACGCAUGUCUGUCAAACUCAAUUCGAAGAACUACUCGUUAUGGGAAUUCCAGUUUCGGGUGUUUGUUGAAGGGAAAGGGCUUCUUGGAGUCCUUGAUGGUACCACGCCGUGUCCGAUAGCUCCGGCUUCAGAAGAACAAAUCAAUCAGUGGAAGGUGAAUGAUGCUAGGGUUCGAACCUGGCUAUUGGGAUCUGUGGAUCCAAACAUAUGUCUUGGUCUUCGUCUGCAUGCGACAGCUCAUGCAAUGUGGCAAAAGUUAGUUGCUACGUACUCAAAGGUGAAUGCAUCUCGCCAGUUUGAUAUUCAAUUUGACCUAGCUCGUUUGGAGCAAGGUGACAGGGAUGUCACGGCCUAUUUGACUCAUGCACAAGAAUUAUGGACCGAGGAGGAUUUGUUGACACUCUCCCUUCGUCCCGCUGCCGUAUCCGCUGCCGUUAUUGAGGAUAGAGAACGUGCACGGCUGCUCCAUUUUCUGAUGAGGCUUCGCCCAGAAUUCGAGAGAAUUCGGUCCAGCAUUAUUCAUAGAGGUGAGCUGAAGAUGGACGGCAUUCUUGGGGAGCUCAUCCGUGAAGAAACAAGACUGCGCACUCAAGCUCGGCUCGAUUUACGUCCAGGAGAAGGGGAUUCUGUUCUUGCAGCAGCUGCUGUUCCAAACGCAAGUGCCUAUGCAGUAGGGCGUCCUCAAUUCCAGCGCCGUGUUCCAGUCUCGGAGCUUCAAUGCCACCACUGCCAAGAGAAGGGGCACCUCCAGAAACAUUGUCGGCGCCGCAAUAUUUGUGUCUACUGCAAGAAAAACAACCAUAUAAUCCUUGAUUGCAGGCUGUUCCAGAAACAUCAUGGCAAGGCUCCUGACUCCGCACCUCCACCACGUCCUGCUUAUGCCAUUCCUCAGGCUGAGGUUGUGGGUUCUAGUGUCUCGGCUGCAUCUAUUGAGCAACUGGUUAAUGCAGCCUUGCAGAAGGCUCUUCCCACCGCCAUUAGCUCUGCUUUCGCCACUGUUCAGAGGACAGGAUUUGAAGACGGGGAGGCAGAUCGGAAGGGGGAGUAAGAAAGGGCGGAUUUUUCAUUUGGAGGAACUAUCACAUCCAUCAUCAUCCUGUCUGUCUGCGUCUAGGAAUGUCGGUAGUCCUGUGUCGUCUUUGAGUCCCUCUUUACCUGUUAGUUUUUCGAGUGUGUCAGACAAUGUAUGGGAAUUGUGGCAUUCUCGUCUUGGUCACCCAAAUUCAGGUCGUCUUCAAACUAUGUUUCGUCAAUCUUUGCUUGGUAAUAAAAUUGUGACUGCUCC